AUGGACAAUCAACAACCACUAAACCGUUGCUUUGUUGGCGCGAUGAUGCAUUGUCCAAAUGGGCAAAGAGAUGUCGAGAUAAUCCCCCGUGCAGUGCUGAUGGUCGACGCUCAAGGCAACAUUGAAAAGCUCGUGCCAGUUCCUAUUGACAUGAAGGCCGAGGAUGCAGUCAUAUUCGCUGGUGUUCCGAAAUACGGGCAGAGGCCACAAGUCGUUGAACUGCUGGCUGGUGAAUUCUUGAUACCAGGAUUCAUUGAUACUCAUAUCCAUGCUCCUCAAUUCCAGUUUGCGGGAACAGGUACCGCUGUAUCUCUUAUGGAGUGGCUUCAAGAGUUUGCUUAUCCUGCUGAGAAGAGAAUGGAUGAUGCCGAAUUUGCUAAGUUGGUGUAUAAUAAGCUGCUUUCGUAUCUUAUACGGAAUGGGACGACUACUGCAGUGUAUUUCGGAAGCAUACAAUUGGAAGCGAACAAGGUACUAGCCGAUCUUUGUAUACAUUACGGCCAACGUGCUUACGUUGGCAAAGUCGCCAUGGAUCAAAAUGGAGGACCCGGUUAUGUAGAAACGACUGAAGAAAGUUUGAAGGCUACUGAAGCCUUUAUUGAAUAUGUAUUGGGCAAGAAGAAUCCGCUCGUUACUCCGAUUGUGACUCCAAGGUUUAUUCCAACAUGUUCUUCCAAGGCACGUUUGCUUACGGGUCUUGGAAAGCUCGCAAAGAAAUACAAUGUCGCAAUACAAUCUCAUAUAUCCGAGUCAAACGAUGAAAUAUCUGAUAAUUCAGAUGCCGAAACAUUUGAAUCGCAUGGGUUGCUAUCAUCACGCUGUGUCAUGGCUCAUGGUGUCAAGCUACAUUCCUCGGAUGUAUCACUGUUGGUAUCAAAAGGAUCGACGGUAGCUCACUGCCCACUCUCCAACCACUUUUUCGCCAACGGUGUCUUCCCCGCCAAGAGGUGGAUGCACCACGGUCUCAACAUUAGUCUCGGAACAGAUAUCGCAGGCGGAUACUCGACAUCAAUGCUAAGCAGCAUCCGACAUGCAGUCACGUCAUCUCGCGCAUUGAACGAUCUAGCACCAACAGCUCACAAAACCGCUGGCUUCGAUAUCAUGAACUGGAGAGAAGCGUUUUAUCUCGCUACUAUGGGCGGCGCCAAAGCGUUGGGUCUUGAAAGGACUAUUGGGUCGUUCGAUGUUGGGAAGUCGUUUGAUGCGAUACAUGUUAAUUGUAGUGAUAGUUUGGUGAAUAAGCCCGGUGCUGGUGGUGGGUUUGGAUUUGGGGGUGGACUUGGAAGGGAUAAGGAUGGUGGUUUUGGAUUUGGUUGGGGUGGUGGAGGAGGAGCAGGUGGUGGCGAUGGAAAGAAAGGAGCUGGUGGUGGCCUUGGCGGAGGCUUUGGUGGCGGUUGGAGUCGUGAUGGUGGAGCUGGAAUUGGAGGAGGAUUCGGUGCGGGAGCCGGUGGUGGUGAGAACUCUCCAAGUUUCAAUAACCCAGUACCUUGCUUCAAAAACGACGACCUCGCUCAGAUUAUUGAAAAAUUCAUAAACCUGGGCGAUGAUCGAAAUAUUUAUAGUGUUUUUAUUGGAGGAAAGCAAAUUGUAUAUUAUGGCAGAAUGGCAGUAAACUAG